CUAAAGAGCAUGUUGAAGAUGACAUCUUCAGUCGGCGACUCGCUUUACCUCAAUUGAUAUAUCAGCAGUGUUACAAAUAAACAAACAGAACGUAGAUGUUUUACGUCACAACUAAUCCAACGAUCUUGGAUGUACAUUACUGGAUCUUUUAAGAGAAACUACAAAAACCAAAUAGCAAAUCUGUCUAAUGGAGGUUCAACUUUAAUGGAGAUCAUAAAUAUGAAGUAAAAUUGGCCGCUGUGAAAGCUGACCCAACGCAUCGUUUCGGUAACAACAACUGGACGGCAAAAAGAGGAAGUUAUUCUCUUUGGUGGAAGUUACAGCUGAGGUUACAGCUGUCUUCGUCUUACGGUCAAUCCUAUCCUGUUUGGGUAAAUCCAGCAGUCUGCCUGUUGCUUUCGGCUGGGUCUGUUCAUGGGGUAUGUUGAUAAGUGAUGUUUCGUAUCCUCGAUCUCGAGAAGUUUUUUGUUGUUAAUAUUUACACAUCUCACGAGUUUUAUCUGAUUUGGUCAUUGAUUUUAUACUUUAUAUUUUAUUUUAUCCACGAGUGAUCGCGAUAUCAUAUACAUCUUUCCGAAUCUGCCGUUGACAAUGUUUUCCCCAAAUAAGCGAACUUUAAUCGUGAUCUUCAUCAAAUAAAAAGCAAAAAAUUAUGCACAAGGAAGCCGGCGUAAUCUCUGUUUGGGUGUCAGAUUUGUAACUUGCCGGUAAGCGCAGAUAAAUGUCAACAACGCAAAUCAUGUAUCCACUGCAUUUCCGUGAUGUUUAUACGCUAAGCACGUAUCUACGUCAAGAGGCGAACGGUUUAUCGUUAUGCUUAGGCCGUUUCUCUUCCGAGAACUUAAUGGACAAACUCAUAAAUUAUAAUUUGAGGAGAUAAUAUUUUCACAGGGAUAAAAUUGUUUUACCAGAUCUAGCUGUUAAAUGAUGGCUUCCUUUGAAAAUGUUAUCUGUCAAUGAUUAGCAGGCGUAUUGUGAUUUUUUAUUUCAGAAAAUUAUAGUUCUUUUGGUUCAACACUAUGGCUACAGGAUAUUACAGAUCAGAAAUCUACAAAGAUGUAGCAGAGUUGACUGCUGAUGUCCAAAGAAACUUGGAAGUGAAAUCAUCGAAUUUCGUACGGCUGAAUGGUCCUAGUCAAAGUGAGAAAGAUAGAAGAAUGAAUGAUCGCCCGAAUAAACCGCCUAAAAAUUUGAUUCUUCUUGAGGCUGAUCCAAGCGACAUUAUGGAACCAUCAAACACCAGAACAAAGCACCACUGCCCAAAUGAAUUUUCAUUAUCAUCCCAAAUCAAAGAGUUCAAUGGACUUGAUUACUCAAAUCAUGCCAUUGAGGCGUAUUUCAAAAAUGCUCACAGUCAAUCAGAUGAUCCAGAGGCUAGCGCAGACUCAAUAAAUUCAUUGGAUACAACGACCUGCAGUGAAAAUUCAAAACCGACUUCCAAUAUCUACGGUAAUAAUAAUUGCAGCAUGACAAGUAAUUUACCUGCCAAUCAAAGUGAUUUCAAUCAUCCGAAACAUGACUCAAAGAAUAACCAGGACUCCAACCUUUGUGAUAAUGAGGCAGUGAACAGGUGUUUACGUGAGUGUAGGUAUUCCAAAAAUGCAGCGAUUAUUGGUUUACUAAAAAACAGACUUAUUUCGCCUGAAGAUUUAGAUCCGGAUGUUAAAAAUAACGAUAGUCGCUGCUUUAGACACCAUUCUGAGAAUGUGAAGUGUUUACCGGAUAAUAACAAUGAAAACCAAAGCCCAAGCGAGAUAAAAAAUAGUAACGAAUCAAAUGCAGAAUGUCCAAAUGAACACCCACGCUGUCCUCAACUGGUACCCCAUCCCGAAGAUCCAGACUUUUAUGCCCAUCCGUUACAAGCUUAUGGAAAAGUAGAUGAUGCAGAUGUUGAUUUUCGCUUACCUCGUCUGGGCGUAAAAAAUAUUAUUACUCCUAGGCAACAUUUUAUUCAACUUGGGCUUGAUGAGAACGCCUUUACGUUUCGACCCAACAAUAGCAAUUCCUGAAGCAUCUGUUAUUUUUUUACAUUAGGCAUAAGAUAAGUAGAAUAAAAUUUUAGCUGUACUCUGCUGAUGAAGUUGAAUAGAUAUGUUGGAACCUGUGAUGAAUUCUCGCUACACAAAAGAAAACUAUCCAGAUUCCGUUUUUGUUGAGACAAUCGUCAAGAUCCGGUAUGGUAUUUGACUCAAAGACCUAGGAGUCUUAAGGUCUCAAGGGAUAAAUAACACGCGUGGAGAGACGUUGAAGAGUUGUUUGAUUAUUUUCAUUCUUAUAACUUUUCACUAUUUUAAUUGUGAAACAAUUACAGCAAUAAUAAUAACAACAAAAACAACAACAACCACAACGAAACUCGUUCUCAGGUUUGUAAUAGAAUUGUUCACAAUGCUGUUAUGCUGUAUUUUGUAAAGCAUCGUCUACUCAGGUUUUUAUUUUUAGAUUUUACUAAAAUUACCUAUACGUUAGCCAUGUGUUCAAUAAAUAACGACUUCAUUCAUUAAAUGUACUUGGCUUUGGGAAAAGUUAUAAUAUAUUUUACUGUCAAUUGAGUUCAAAAUAUACCUAUUUUUCUAUAAAUGAA